ACCACACACACCAAGGCGCUCUCCUUGCCAUCAUCAUCUCCCAAAAUAUAUUGUGCGAGCCAGGAAACGAAAAACCAGCGAGCGACCAAGUGACCAGACGAAGACGAUCGAAGCGCGACAGAGAUGCCGGGGCUGACGGCGCCGUCGGGCUACGCGGAGGAGCCGCCGCGCCAUCCGGCCCUCAGGAUCAACUCUAAGGAACCAUUCAAUGCUGAGCCUCAUCGAUCUGCGUUAGUUUCAUCUUAUGUCACCCCAGUGGAUUUCUUUUACAAGAGGAAUCAUGGACCAAUUCCAAAAGUAGAUGAUAUAUCAAGAUACAGUGUUUCCAUCAAUGGCCUUGUCAGCAAUCAUAUGCAGCUAUUCAUGGCCGACAUUAGGAUGCUUCCAAAGUACAAUGUCACUGCAACAUUACAGUGCGCAGGCAAUAAGAGGACUGCGAUGAGCAAGGUACGGAAAGUGAGAGGUGUUGGAUGGGACGUGUCUGCUCUUGGAAAUGCAACUUGGGGAGGAGCAAAGCUAGCUGAUGUCCUUGAACUAGCUGGAAUACCUAAACUCAGUUCAGUCACAUCUUUAGGAGGCAAACACGUUGAGUUUGUCAGUGUUGACAGGUGUAAAGAGGAGAAAGGUGGCCCCUAUAAGGCAUCAAUUCCACUCAAGCAGGCAACAGAUCCUGAUGCUGAUGUGUUACUUGCAUAUGAAAUGAAUGGAGAGACCAUCAACCGUGACCACGGAUACCCACUCCGUGUUGUCGUACCUGGUGUUAUAGGCGCACGUUCUGUUAAAUGGCUGGACAGCAUCAACCUUAUCGAGGAGGAAUGCCAGGGCUUUUUUAUGCAAAAAGAUUACAAGAUGUUUCCACCUACUGUAGACUGGGACAACAUUGAUUGGUCUACUAGAAGACCACAAAUGGAUUUUCCUGUACAGUCUGCUAUUUGCACCCUGGAGGAUGUGGAUGUUAUCAAGGAAGGAAAGGCUAGGAUUGCUGGAUAUGCAGUCUCAGGUGGUGGCCGUGGCAUCGAGAGGGUAGAUGUAUCUGUUGAUGGGGGUAAAACAUGGGUUGAGGCCCACAGAUAUCAGAAAAGCAAUGUGCCAUACGUUUCUGAUAGAGCUCAAAGUGACAAGUGGGCAUGGGUUCUCUUUGAGGCUACAUUAGACAUACCAGCAAAUGCUGAGAUAGUAGCUAAGGCGGUGGACUCAGCUGCAAACAUUCAACCUGAAAAAGUGGAGGACAUAUGGAACCUGAGAGGAAUUCUCAAUACAUCUUGGCAUCGGAUCAAGAUACAGAAUUCGUUGUGCGCAGCAAGGUCGAAUAUGUGAAAGAAGUAUUUUGCUGCGCCCUUGGACAAGCAGCAUGCUAGACCUCACGAGUCAAUGAUAGCCUCGAAUAAUAAGCUGCAUCAGCUUAAUUUCUGCGAUUUCCGUAUAAUGCUGUGCCACGGUACUAUGGUGGGAGUAGUGUUACUGGUCUGAAUUUGUUUCUGUGUUCACAUAUCAGUCUUAAAAAUAACUGUCCGUGCUGGUUGAUCUGAUAUGAAGAAAUUUUCUGUGUCGGUCUUAAAAAUAACUGUCCUUGCUGGUUGAUCUGAUAUGAAGAAAUUUUCUGUGUCAGUCUAAAAAA